AUGACUUGCUGUGAAGGCUGGACAACUUGCAAUGGAGUCAGUCUGCUGGUUCUCCUCCUGCUGGGCAUCCUUCUCAACUCAUUUCCUCUGGUGGUCAAGUUAGUGGACAAAGAUGAUAAGAACCCCAUCUCUUGCUUUGAGUGGUGGUUCCCAGGAAUUAUAGGAGCAGGCCUGAUGACUAUUCCAGCAGCAGCCAUGGCCUUGGCCGCAAGAAAGAGAGCGUGCUGCAACAACAGGGUUGGGAUGUUUCUUUCAUCUCUUUUUAAUGUUUUCACAAUCAUUGGUGCUACCUACUGUAUGAUGGUAUCUCUUCAAGCUCUCGUGGUAGGGCCUCUCAUUUGUAAGCCUCAAGUCAACAAUACUGUCAACUGUGAGUUUUCAUUCAGUAACUUCAGCAACAUUGAUAUUGAUUCCUUCAAUCUCAAUUGGUUCCUUAAAAAGUCUUGCAUACCAUCUAAUUCCAGUGGUCACACCUACAAUAACAUCACAGCCACUGGUAAAAACUGGGAUUUUGAGACUAAGGAAGGCAGACAUAAGACUACCCAUAUAUCAGCCUUUGUGGGUCUACUGAUUGUGGGAAUUCUUCAGAUCUUGUUUGCACUCAGUCAAAUGGUCAUCGGCUUACUUGGCUGUCUGUGUGGCGUGUCUAAAAAAAGAAAUCGAUAUGUGUAA